AAGAUGGCGGAAAAUUUGAAAGAGUGCAGAGUAGCAUGUCUUACCUCGGUGAACCAGCUAGAGGUACUUUGCCGAGAGGAUGGGAUCAUCUGCAGCGAGCUUGGGAUCAACGGGCACAACCUGCUUGAUUAUGAGGUGGAAUACAUCUGUAACUAUCAACGGAAAAUCUUUACUGUUGGAAAAACACAAGAAGUGCAGGAGCUUUUCUUGGUGAAAUGGAAAGGCUUUCCAGAGUCAAUGAACACCUGGGAGACUCGGAAGAACCUGAAGUGCACUGAUUUGCUCAGCCAGUUCUGGGAGGACCUUACACGAGAGCUGCUGCGAUUGAAGAAGCGCACUAUUCCCAAAAAACUAGACGCUUCUAUCGUUUCCCAUCUCAUUCAGCAAUCCAAACUCAGGAAGACCCUUCAGCUAUGGGAGACUCACCUGAACAGCCUGGGUAGGGACAAGGGUCGCAUCCGUGUUGAAAAUGUGGUGGACUUUGAGGGCCCACCUAAGAACUUCACCUACAUUACUGACUUUAAAGUGGGCGAUGGCAUUUUCCUUAACGAGGUGGCUGUCGGCUGCGAGUGUACGGACUGUCUAAACUGUCCUGACGAGGGCUGCUGUGCCGGAGCCUCACAGCACAAGUUUGCUUAUAACGAAUUGGGACAAGUGCGCAUUCGGCCAGGCCUGCCCAUCUACGAGUGCAACAAGCGCUGCUGCUGCGGGCCUGAGUGCCCCAACAGAGUGGUACAAAAGGGCAUUAAGUAUUCACUGUGCAUCUUCAGGACAAACGAUGGCAGGGGCUGGGGGGUACGGACCUUGGAGCGUAUUCGCAAGAACACUUUUGUCAUGGAGUAUGUAGGAGAGAUCAUUACUACAGAGGAAGCAGAAAGGCGAGGUCACAUCUAUGAUAAAGAAGGAGCCACCUACCUGUUCGAUCUGGAUUAUGUGGAUGACGAAUAUACAGUGGAUGCAGCUCACUAUGGCAACAUUUCUCACUUUGUCAAUCACAGUUGUGAUCCAAAUCUUCAGGUGUAUAACGUGUUCAUAGAAAACCUAGAUGAAAGGCUGCCACAGAUAGCUUUCUUUGCCACUCGUACCAUCUGGCCAGGACAGGAGCUCACCUUCGACUACAAAAUGCAGAUUGAUCCAGUUGAUGCAGAGAGCACAAAGAUGGACUCCAAUUUUGGUUUGAAGGAUAUCCCAGGUUCUCCAAAGAAGCGCACACGUGUGGAGUGCAAGUGUGGCGUGGCAUCAUGCCGAAAGUAUCUCUUUUAGAUAACUUGCAGGCUGUUCAUAAUAGUGGAUGUAAUGACAUGCCUGACAGAUUGGAUACCUCGUUAUACUUCAACACAAAACGCUGAACUGAUUAUUAACUGUUAUAGCACAGUUUACUUGAAAGAAUACGCUAUGUGAGGCUUCUUUUUAAAAUGCACUGGUUUGG